AUGCUGGCGAACAUGGGCGGUCCGGAGACCGUCCGGCUGCUCGGCGGCAAAAAGAUCAUGCUUCAAAAGUGGCACGGCAUGUUUGUGGCGGGCGAGAGCCUCGGCGAGUGCUUCUACCUCGCGCUCUCCAUCGACCGCGCCUGCCACGCGCAGCGCGCCCUCCUGCAGACCGGCAGGCCGUACCACUCCCCGACGGGGGAAGAGGUGGCGCGCUGGAGUCGCGCCUACGAGCGCAUCUGGCCUUCGAUGGUGCGAAAGGUGGAGCGGCUGCAGCCUGACUUUGCUCUAUGA